AGAGAGUGCCAGGGAGUCACACAGGCUGCCACGCUGCUCCAGGUCCCCGCCAGCACCCGCAGCUCAUGGAGGCCCGGCUUCUCCUCCUGCUCCUCGGCCUCUGCUCUGCUGGCCUCGUCCUGGGCUCCGAACAUGAGACCCGUCUGAUGGCAAAGCUAUUUCAUAACUACAGCAGCGUGGUACGGCCAGUGGAGGACCACCGCCAUGUAGUGGAGGUCACUGUGGGCCUGCAGCUCAUACAGCUCAUCAACGUGGAUGAAGUGAACCAAAUUGUGACAACCAAUGUUCGUCUGAAACAGCAAUGGGUGGAUUACAACCUAAAAUGGAAUCCAGAUGACUAUGGCGGCGUGAAAAAAAUCCACAUUCCUUCAGAAAAGAUCUGGCGGCCAGACCUUGUUCUGUAUAACAAUGCUGAUGGUGACUUCGCCAUUGUCAAGUUCACCAAAGUGCUCCUGGACUACUCAGGCCACGUCACGUGGACACCUCCAGCCAUCUUUAAAAGCUACUGUGAGAUCAUCGUCACUCACUUUCCCUUUGAUGAGCAGAACUGCAGCAUGAAACUGGGCACGUGGACCUAUGACGGCUCUGUGGUGGCCAUCUACCCGGAAAGCGACCAGCCAGACCUGAGCAACUUCAUGGAGAGCGGGGAAUGGGUGAUCAAGGAGUCCCGGGGCUGGAAGCACUGGGUGUUCUACUCCUGCUGCCCCAACACCCCCUACCUGGACAUCACCUACCACUUCAUCAUGCAGCGCCUGCCCCUCUACUUCAUCGUCAACGUCAUCAUUCCCUGCCUGCUCUUCUCCUUCUUAACCAGCCUGGUGUUCUACCUGCCCACAGACUCAGGGGAGAAGAUGACACUGAGCAUCUCUGUCUUGCUGUCCUUGACCGUGUUUCUUCUGGUCAUCGUGGAGCUGAUCCCUUCCACCUCCAGUGCUGUGCCCUUGAUCGGGAAAUACAUGUUGUUCACCAUGGUGUUUGUCAUCGCGUCCAUCAUCGUCACUGUCAUCGUCAUCAACACGCAUCACCGCUCUCCCAGCACGCACAUCAUGCCCGAGUGGGUGCGGAAGGUUUUUAUCGACACGAUCCCAAAUAUAAUGUUUUUCUCCACGAUGAAAAGACGAUCCAGAGACAAACAAGAAAAAAAGAUUUUCACAGAAGACAUUGAUAUUUCUGACAUUUCUGGGAAGCCAGGGCCUCCUCCCAUGGGAUUCCACUCUCCCUUGAUCAAACACCCCGAGGUGAAAAGUGCCAUCGAAGGUGUCAAAUACAUCGCAGAGACCAUGAAGUCAGACCAGGAGUCCAAUAACGCAGCCGAGGAGUGGAAAUACGUGGCGAUGGUGAUGGACCAUAUUCUCCUUGCGGUCUUCAUGCUGGUCUGUCUCAUCGGAACCCUGGCUGUGUUUGCAGGCCGGCUCAUUGAAUUAAAUCAGCAAGGAUAAGCAAGUGGCUCAGGACCGGCCAGAGCAGACCAAGGCGGGAAAGGAGGAGGAUCUGCCUGCUUUGAUACACUCUCCCUUACCAAACUCCCAAUUUUCUGCAUUAUUAAUGAUGAUGACUUGUAUUUACCUAAGGUUGUGGCCUUGAAGUGUUUUCCCCUUUGCUUUUUCCAUCAAUCCUGCUGUGUCUCCCUGGAGAAUGAGCCCUUUUUAGUAACUGAAACUGCAUCUUCAAAAGAAGUGUUCUUUUCUAAAUGGCUCUGGGGAGUUUUGCCCAAAUAACCAAGGUUUUCUGUUGCAGUCAUUGCUAAUCGCUAAAGCAGGGUCUUUUGCGGAAGAGCCGGUUUUGUAUGUACUACGAAAGCCUAACUAUCAGGCCCCAAAAGAUAAAGCAUUUGCUUUGGGGAGAGAAGAAGCAGUAAAAAGGAAAUAAAGUAACUUCAGAAUGGCCACCAAAAUACCAACAGCAUCAGAAGCCCAUGUUUUAAAGUAAAUUUCUAGAAGUGGGAGGUAGGGAAAGUUAUCUCAGGUGGGUUUUUUUGGUGGGGGGUGGGAAUGCUGAGGCUUGAAUCCAGGGCCUUAAGAGCACUAAGUGUGCACCGUAUUGCUGAUCUAUAACCUGCACCUUUACAGGCCACCUGGGUUUGAUUUUUAGGGUUUGAAGGAAACAGGUCAUAGCAUUGACAUGAGCAUCAGGUACCACGGGGAUCAUCUCACCUAUACGGUUUUAUUUCAGCCCUGUACUUUUCAUCCCAUCCCAUAAUGUCCCAUUUUAUGAAUAGGGAAACUGAAUCCAGGGAGGUUAAGUUCUUUGCUCAAGUUAGAAGUGGAAGAACUGGGCUUCGGAGCCAGACCCUGAGAUUUCAACUGACUCUGGGCUGGGUGAGCCCUCUCACUUGCCCCCCUGGUCCCCCGGCUUACAGGGGCCACUUGGGGCUCUGGCCAGUGUUUCUAAGAGCCUCAGUCUUGGUGUCAGCCAUCUUUCUCCCUCCCAUUCACCUCCUGCCUUUUGUUCUCAGUCCUUACACCAAUCAUGCUUGGGGUUCAAGUCCAAUAAACAAAACCAGAAAUACAUGUACAUAUCACCGCCAUUUCAGAAAAUUCUGAAGAAAUAAGAGAGGAAAUUAUUUCUUCUCUCCAUAGUAAACCUUAAACUUCAACAUAGUUCACCCCACAAUGAGAAACCAUGUGGGUCGGGGCUCAGAAAGACCUUCAAAUUAUCAGACUACAUCUAACCUGGGUCAGCCCCAGGGCGCAGCAGUAAGUGGUACCACUGGGGAGGGGCAGUCUCAGCACAGGCGUGGUCAGUGCACUUCUCUGUUGCACACCACACACACACCUGUCGCACAUGUUCUGCCAGCCAAGAUGGUGUAUACCUGUAAUUCCAGCUGCAUGGGAGGCUAAGGCUGGAAG